AAAAUUGAGCACGAACACAAAUACAAAAAAUGCCAAUCAACGAACAAACAGACGAACCGUUCCCAGCGAAGCUUGAGCUCAACACAGGAUACCGGAAGCUCCAAGAACGUUUGUUUGUUUUUUAUGGCCAAGUAUAAAACUCGCGACGCCCAGAGAACGGUUGAUAGUCCUCGCCUCAGUGGCCAGCGAGAACGCUUCCCGAUGACUCUCCGCCGAGGAACCGAGAUGUCGGGCAAGAGGAAGUUCCUGGUUGCGGGCAGCUGGACGUCACAAGCGGACUCGAGCGCAGCGAGUACGAGAGAGAGUUUCUCUUCGUUCCUAUCGUAUGCUCGCCAGCAUCUUCCUGUCGAGAUCGGCACGACUGUUCCUUACGGUCAAGAGGACGAGGAAGCCUUCUGCAGGAACUGCGACUGCCACUGGGAAGUAGUGGGCGGGUCUUCGUCCGGCAGCUCGGAUUCUCAGAUGAAGGAAGCGAUUGUCGAAGCUCAGCGGGAAGGCAGGAAGAUAAUCGCGUGUUUGUGCGAGACGUCGGAGGAUCGCGAGAAGGGUCGCACGGAGGAUGUCCUGUUGGGCCAGAUGAAGUCCCUCGCCGCCAGCAUCAGCGACUGGUCUGGUGUGGUGAUCGCCUUCGAGGCUCUGUGGGCCAGUAAUACCGGCGUCCUGGCCACAGCUGCGCAGGUGCAGGAGGCCUUGGCCAACAUUCGAGAGUGGCUGCGUGCCAACGUGAGCGAGAAGGUGGCCAACAGCACCAGAAUCAUCUACGCAGGUUCCGUUUCGUCGAGCAACUGUCGAGAGCUGGCUCAGCUGGAGGACCUAGACGGCUUCCUGGUGGGGAGCGCGGCCCUCAGACCCGACAUCGUUCCCGCAAUCACUUCGUCGCGAGUUUCUUGCUCGUCCCUCUGGGCGACGCACGAGGCCCUCAGGUCGACCGCCCAGCUGAUCCAGCAGCUUCGUCAGCAAGAAUGCGCGAGGAGGCUGGCGGCGACGACGCGCAGUCCGAAACGAUACAUUUGAAUGGUCUGCUCUCAGUGCCGUCGUGAGCAGACUCCACUACAGGAGGAUUACGUGUAAAUAGGUCUAUGUAUUUAUAAGUCCUUGCUAUUUGGUAUUGAAGUACCGACAAUAUUUAUUGUGAAUAUUUAUGUUUAGACACUGCAACUAUAUUUUAGAAAUAAAGAUA